AUGCCGACGCCUAUAAACAUUGACCACAUAGAUACCCAGGAGCGCUACACGGGCUCGACACACCCGCUCAAGGCCAGACACCAUGCUCCGCCUCCGCAGAUCGUCGCGUCGCCCGGCGUGCGCGACUUCUUCGCCGGCCGGCACAAGUCGCAAGUCUCGUCUUUCCUCAAGCCGAACUCCUCCUUCAUAGGGUCCCAGCAGUCCGGCCGGUCGACGUUUGAGGUGCGCGUGGACUUGAAAGAGGUGGACCUGAAAAGAUCGUAUUUGUGCGGCUACUUCACGAUCCACGGCCUGACGGAGUCGCAUCCCGAGUUCACCACGUUCUUCAAAGGAGAGAUCAUCGGCCCGCACCACUCGUUUUACACGGCCCACGAGGAGUGGGGAUCCAACAAGCGCAACGACCUCCAGCACUGGAGCAGGUUCCCGUCCUGGAGAAGUCUGGAUUUCGACCAGGAAAACGACCUCGCCAACCAACACAUAUACGACACCGCACUGAACAACGAGCAUCUCUACAUGAGGUGGAAAGAGAUAUUUCUCGUUCCGGACGCCAGCGUGAAGAGCAUCAUGGGAGCCUCAUUUGAAGGUUUCUAUUACAUCUGCUUCAACCAGCUCACGGGCUCGAUCUCAGGGCUCUAUUUCCACCAGUCGUCGGGCAAAUUCCAGCAGCUGGAACUUGCACAUGUGCCCGACGGUGGGGUGUUGCCCUCGUUCAGUUUCGCAUAA